AUGGCGACCAAAGCAAAUGUUCUCCUAGUCGGUAGUGGAGGAGUUGGGACGAUGGCAGCUUACAACCUGGAAGCUGGGGGUUUAGCUACAGUCACAGCUGUGCUACGAUCAAAUUACCAAGCAGUCCUGGAUAACGGCUUCAGCAUCACCUCGCUAGACCACGGUGAGAUCAAAGCCUGGAAGCCAACAACCUUGAUAAACGCCAUCCCAAAAGCGGGAAAAGACACGCCCGCGUUCGACUUCAUAGUCGUCACCACCAAGAACAUCGCCGAUAUCCAGCCCACCGUAGCCGAGCUGAUCGCGCCCGCAGUAACAGAGGGCCAAACCACCAUCGUACUCCUCCAAAACGGCCUCAACAUCGAGAAACCGCUCAUAGCCGCCUUUCCCCAGAACGCAGUCCUGUCAGGCGUCUCGCUCAUUGGGGCAACCGAAAUAUCCCACGGCGUCAUAGUGCACGACGAUGCCGACCGCCUCGUAGUCGGCGCCUUUACCAACCCCAACAUCCCCGUUUUAACCAGCGUCACAGCAGCCAAGAGGUUCGUCGAGAUCUACGGGGCCUCUGGCAAAGUCGUGUGCACACACGACGAAAAUGUAGGUUUCGUCAGAUGGAGGAAGUUGGUUUAUAACGCGUGUUAUAACUCGGCCUGCUCAGUCGUGAGGACGGACACGAGUCGGAUGCGGUACUACAAGUUCCCGAUCGAGGAGGUGGUCAGGCCAUUGAUGCUGGAGAUUAUCGCCAUUGCGAAGGCGGCAGGGCACGACUUGCCGGAGGAUAUCGCGGACGCGAUGAUCCACUGUGAUCCCGAAGAUACCUUUUUCAAGCCGAGCAUGCAACAGGAUACUGAAAAGGGCAACUUUACCGAGUUUGAGAAUAUUGUCGGCGAGCCGCUGAGGGAGGCAGAGAAGUUGGGUGUGCCAGCUCCGAAUCUGAGGAUGAUGUACGGGCUGCUGAAAAUUCUACAGUGGAAGACGAAAGAGACCAAAGGGCUUGUGAAGUUACCUGUAUCCCCACCAGCCUGA